CAUCCUAAGAGAUCACUGGAUGUGUUUCUUCAGCCAUUGAUAUAUGAGCUGCAAUUAUUAUGGGAGCACGGUGUUCAUACAUACGAUGUUUCGCGGAAAGAAAAUUUUCAGAUGCGAGCAAAACUUAUGUGGACAAUAAGUGAUUUUCCAGCAUAUGGUAUGUUAUCUGGAUGGACCACGCAUGGGAGGCUAUCAUGUCCUUAUUGCCAAGACAACACAGAUGCUUUCCAACUAAAAAAUGGUAGGAAAUCGUGUUGGUUUGACUGUCACAGGAGAUUUCUACCACACGAUCAUCCAUAUCGUAAGAGUAAGACAUUGUUUACAAAGAACAAGAGGGUGUUUGACAGUCCACCUGAAGAAGUAAGUGGCAAAAAGUUGAAGGAACAAUUAAGAGAUUUUGGUGCAGAUAGAACGCCAGACGUGGGUGGAAACGGACAUGAACCGAUUUAUGGUGUAGGGGAAAAUCAUAAUUGGCAUAAGAAGAGUAUCUUCUGGGAUUUGCCCUAUUGGGAGACUCAUUUGUUGCGGCACUGUUUAGAUGUCAUGCAUAUUGAGAAGAACUUUUUCGACAAUUUGAUGAACACCAUCCUUGAUGUCCAAGGCAAGACGAAGGAUAACUUGAAGUCAAGACUGGAUUUGGUUGAUAUUUGUGCUCGUCCCGAACUUCAUGUUGAUGAGCACGGUAAAGGUCCUAUUCCCAUAUAUCGACUGGAUGCAACUGCAAAAGAAGAGUUUUUUGAUUGGAUAACACACAGUGUUAAAUUUCCAGACGGUUAUGCAUCAAGUUUGCGUAAUUGUGUUGACAAAAGUGAAGGGAAGUUUACUGGCUUGAAGAGCCAUGAUUGUCAUGUAAUGAUGCAGCGCCUCCUUCCUUUUGCGUUUUCCGCACUAUUGCCACGAAAUGUCCACGAAGCAACCGCAGGGAUAAGUGCUUUCUUCCGUGAUUUAUGCUCGAGAUCACUCACAUCAGAUGGUAUCCGCAAUUUGGAAGUUAAAAUACCGGUGAUCCUAUGCAACCUCGAGAAGAUAUUUCCUCCAUCAUUUUUUGAUGUUAUGGAGCAUCUUGCUAUUCAUCUUGCGAGAGAAGCGGCACUCGGUGGUCCCGUGCAGUACAGGUGGAUGUAUUUGUACGAACGGUUUAUGUUUCAUCUGAAGAAGAAGGUCAAGAAUUUAAGCAAGGUGGAGGGAUCAAUAGUGGCUCAGUGCAUCAAUGAGGAAACCUCAAACUUUGCUGAAUACUACUUUCCAUCAGAAGUUCGAACAAAAAGUCGAAGACCUGCACGGCAUGAUGAUAGAGGUGAAAGGGCAACUUAUUAUGUUUAUGUGCCAAACAUGUUUACACAAAUUGGACGACAUAGUGGAAAGUCAACGGACCGGAUACUUACAGUGGCUGAGCAUGCUCAUUUGCACACAUAUUUGCUUACAAACUGCGAAGACAUUCUUGAAUAUGAGAGUAUUUACUUGGCAGAGAUGCGCUUAAAGUACCCGGAUGCGACAGAAGAACAACUCGAACAACUCAAGCAAAACAACUUUGCAACAUGGCUUUCUGAUUAUGUAAGCCAUUGUUUAGCUAUUGGGCACCCACCUAAAGAUUGGUUACGUGAGAUAGUUUGUGGUCCAAAGUUUGUUGCAAAGUCAUAUCCGAGAUAUUGCACACGAGGAUAUGCAUUCAGAGUUCUUAAGGAAAAUACUGUAAGGAGAACAAUUGAUUGUGGGGUUUCUUCGUCAUCCGGAGACGAUGUCUACUACGGUAACGUACGCGAGAUUUUGGAAAUUCAGUACCCGGGAAUGAUUGGCAUGAGAUGUAUUGUCUUCAACUGUGAGUGGUACGACAACGUUGUUGGUCGCGGAGUAAGCACUGACGCAUUCGGUGUUACAUCUGUACAUUCGCGACGACGACUGGAUUUUUACGAUCCAUUCAUUCUUGCUUCACAAGCUGACCAGGUUUGCUAUAUUCGUUAUCCGCGGAUUAGGCAAAGGAACGAUCCUUGGAUCGUUGUCAUGUCAAUAAAUCCCAGAAGCCGAGUACAAGGAGUAUUUGAUCCACUACAACAACAAUUAACCGAAGAGGACGGCGAGAUUGGAGAGUUUGACGAAGACAAUUCAGAUUCAUCAUGUUCAUCAUCAGAUAAUUCCUCAGAUGGAGAGUAGAUACUCUUUUAUGAAUGUAUAUGCAAAUUACUUUUAAACAUUGUAGAUUUCUUCUAAAAACAAAUUAUGGGUUUGAA